AUGGUAUUUACUUUAUUACGUUCAGAGUUUAGAUUAUGGAAACAAAAAUGGAACCGUGAAAAACUUGAAAACAUUUUGGUAAAUUCCAUGUGUGUUUCAGAAAUACUUGCAAAAUGUGACGAAGAAAUAUUUCCGUUAAUCGAUCGCCUUUUAACUCUUCCCAUAAGCAAUGAAAGUGCUGAGAGAACGUUUUCAACACUACGAAGACUCAAAACAUGGCUGAGAUCAACAAUGUCGGAGACCAGAUUAACUGGACUUGCUCUUUUAAAUAUCUACCGUGAUAUUGAUGUAGACGUGAAUAAAGACAUUGACAUGUUUUCAAAAACCAACAGAAAAUGA